AGUCACGUUUUGGUCGUCUUUUGAUCGAUUUGUCAAUGGGUUCGUGUUUCCAUGUCUGAAUAUUGUGAAACACUGACCAUAUACCCGACAUUUCCCGUCGAAAGAUUGCGCUGACGAGGUAGUGUUUUGAUGGCACUGCCACUACUGGUAGUGGUAUAGUCGACGGCUCACCCCCAGGUUUAAGGCUUGGGAGCGCUUGUAGUUGUACAUUUUGUGCUGAGAGACCAGAUUGGACCACUGGUAGAUGAGCGGCUGUGGUUUGAGGAAGGUCUAUAUUUUCUACACUAUAUUUUUCUAGACCUUCUAUAGUAAUAUAUUGCCAGACGGACACCAGUUCAGAAAAUCUGUCAGUUUCUCCGUGAAGACUGUAGUACAGUAUCAGAGUUGUCAGUACAACUGUGUACGGAUAUAAAUUCACACUUACAGAAAAUCACAAUGAAGUUUAUGACUGUGAAAGAAAGGGAAGAAGCUUUAAUCUUCAAUGUUCAGGGGGAAGGAAGACUUGUGGUCGGUCCUCAGCGGGUCUUUUUGUUCAGAGAGAGGUUAGAGCAGCUGAAGCUGGUGUGCGCAAGCCAGUAUCAAUACCUGGUGAUGAAGGACAGGUUUGGGAUGGUCACCCACAAGAGAGGGCCAUGUGAGAUGUUUCACAAUCCAUUGGAACAUGAUUCUGUUUACGUUGAGAAUGCAAUCAAGAUUGAUGCUAACCACAUGAUCAUUGUAUACCAUCGUGUGAAACAGUCAGUUGAGCGUUCAGUAAUCCGGGGGCCUGCAAUUUUCUUCCCGGAAGCUGAAGAGUGGUUACACAAAUUUGUGUGGCAUGGCAGUGACCCCCAGGACAAAGCUCGAAUGAUCCCCUCCUCUCGGAAAUUCACGCAGCUUGCAGCCAUACCAGACCAGUUCUACUAUAAUGUAAGAGAUGUCAGAACAACAGAUGACAUCAUCAUUACUGUGAAACUGAUGAUAUUUUAUGGACUUCAGGAUGUCAUCACCAUGUUAGACACAACACAUGAUCCAGUCGCUGACAUGAUCAAUGCUGUUUGUGCUGAUGUCAUCGCCUAUGUGGGCAGGCGCACGUACGCCCAGUUCCUGGAGCAGACGGAUGAGCUGAGUAGACUGACCACCUUUCCUCAGCUAGUACAGCGGACUGAGCGUGUGGGGUUUAGUGUUCAUAAGGUGGUCUAUAGGGGCUACCAUGCCACAGAGCAGCUCCAGGCAAUGCAGACAGAGGCCAUAGAAGCCAGAACUCGCCUUAGAUUGGACGCAGAGAUUGAAGGACAAAGACAGCAGUUGGUGGACUACAAACUGGAGAAGGAGCAAGCUCGCACAAAACUACGUCAGAGCAUGGAGGAGAGCAAGCAGAACCACAAGCAGAAGGUUGAUGGGCUGAAGCAAGCCCAUGAGCUGGGUAUGAAACAGGAGGAGCACAAGUAUCAGUUAGAAAUUGAGGACAAAUGGGUUAGAGCACGACUGGAUCUCCAGGCUGGGGAGCAGAAGGAUGCUGAAGAACACCUGAGAGAGCUUCAUCACUUAGGCGUGGACAUGACAAAAUAUAUGUUGAGCCAGCAGGCAGCACCUGUCAACGAGGAGGUUCAGUUCGUGGGGCUGGACAGAAAGGGGAGCUAACUGGCCACAAUUACUUACAUUCUACAUGUACCUGUAGUACUGAUUACAUGAAAUACUUAAAUUGUCAGAUUUGUACGUCGAUAACAGAGCUAUAACAAUAAACCGUUGUGGAUGUCAGAGAGCUAACAAAGGGAGAUAACUGUCGUGGAAUAAAUGCAAAUGAUCAUUAGAUAUUAGCACGAGAUCGUUGGAUAUUACCUCGUGAACAUUGGAUAUUAUUUUGUGAGCGUGACUUUGCAUUCCUUGGGAGCGUGAUCGUUGUGCAUCAUGUUUUGCAGGAUAUCAUGUGACCGCCUCUCAACCAGAGGAAACAAAGAGUAUCCCUACGAGGUGUAAUAAAAUGACUUCAUGUACAGUUCCUGGUGAUUAAAUGUAAUGUGUACACAUUGUACAUUUUUGUAAAAGCGAUCUAUUUAGACAUGUAUACAUGUUUGAUAUUCUUUCAAAGUGGAAGUGACUGACCUGUGAACAAUAACAAAUAUUUUCUCUAUCUGUUUUCAGUAUGCAUUUUAAUGAUAGUUUGUACACAUUUUGUAUGUACAUGUAGUGUAUACAUUUUUGAUAACUGUUUCCUCAUCUUAUACAUGAAGGAAGUUGGCAGUUACUCCUGUAAAUCCAUGUGGAAUUGUGAUAUAAAACAGCCGUCCAUUGACUGGGACUGUAACCAUCGAGUGUUAGUAACCCGCAGAUCAAAAACCUCUGCAGAUUUACACAAGAUAUAUGUCAUUCUAGGCAUAAUGUUAUGUAAUUAUCUUUGGUGAACAAUUUUUUAUUCUUGUGUGUACAUUAAGUGGUUGGUUUUAAAACCCCACACUGUAAAUAUUCUGAUUGGCAAUCAAUAUAAUCUUGACUAUCACAUGAACAGAUAAACCGUACAUGUAUUAUUUAUGGUCUACCACAAACUGAAUGAGGUUUGACAGUGUCAGAUUUAAUAAACUAAUACAAAAGUUUUUGAAGCCACAGUGUCAGAUAUUAUUUAUGUUAUAGAUCUUACUGCAAAGUUCUUCAGCAUUUAUUCUCAGAUUCGUGUUGGUAUAUUUUUGGAGUUGUGUACAGUCUGUUCCUAUGUGGCACUAUUCUUUCGUAGUGUGAAUGUUGUUGCCAGGCAGUGCAUGGCCUCUUGUAAGAAUCCAAUGAGCUUGUUUACAGAGAUGUUCAAUGAAAUUUUUAAAUCAUGGCAUAGGCACUGUUUUUAACUGUUCUACGU